GCGAAGAAGAAAGUCCUCGUCGAAAUGCAACCAGAGCAGUAACCCACGGGAGAAUCAAGUCAUGAGCGAAGAUGACAAUUCAGCAUCAGCAAACAAAGACAAAGACUCAACCCUCCUGCUCAUGAAAGACGGACAGCGGUACUACGUGGGUAAGGGCGGAGUAGUCGACAGCCGAAAUGUGUUAACGCCGCACGAACCAGAGAACAACGUCGCCUCCUACGACAUGGAUGAUGCGGACGAGGAGAGCGACGUCCUGGACACUUCGGAUCCCAGAGACAGUGCCGCCAGCCCGGAGGAGCUCAACGACGAGGAGACCUCGGAGGGCGACAACGCUCCCAAACAGUGCACCUACGAGGGAUGCACGGAGACCACAACGCAGGUGGCCAAGCAGAGGAAACCGUGGAUGUGCAAGAAACACCGCAACAAGAUGUACAAAGACAAGUACAAGAAGAAGAAGAGUGACCAGGCCAUGUCCAGUGGAAAACUUGAUGAAAACUCAGAGGAGCGGCCUGUGUCUGUGAACAAACAACGUCUCGGUGCCAUGGGGGACCGGCCAGCCAGACCCUCCCUGAUAGAACAGGUCCUCAACCAGAAGAGACUGUCACUGCUCAGGAGUCCAGAGGUGAUCAGUUUCCUGCAGCAGCAGCAGCAGCUCCUGGCCACACAGAGUCGCAGCCAAUCACAGCAGCAGUUCCAGGGUUGCUGACAUCGGCUGGUGAAUGUUUUUUCUAAUUAUUUAUGAUGUAUAGCGAGCACUGGCACUUGAUGCAUCAGUACAUCAUAACCAUACACUGUUAACAUGGAUCUCAACAGUCAGUCUGACAGGCUGAAGCUGUAGUGAGACAUGUGGACUGAACUGUCUCACAUGAUCUAAAUCCAUGUAAUCAAACCAUGUCUGGUGCUGUCUAGGAAAUAUGAUUUCAUAAAUACAAGACAUUUCACAUUUAAUGAUAGAUUUACAUUUUAGUUACACCCUCAGACCCACUCCUUCUGUUAGUUAUCUUUCCUCAUCUGACAACAAUAAUGAAGGCAUUAUCAGAGUUGUUCAGAUGUUGAAGACUUAGUUCUUGCCAAAAUAAUCCUGAGCUCAGUUUGAUCCUCCUGUCUUUCAGUGUGAAAAAAGAAAUACAAGACUAGUGUCUUUGUUUUAUUGUUAAUUGUGUAAUACUUUUCACUUUCUCCUAAGGAAUUAAUCUUUCCUUCAAACAUGAAGUGUUGUUACAUGUGACAAUCAAAAUGUGUAAUGCAUGUCUGUAGCCUCUUUUUAGUCAAGUGGGGCUUUCUGGACUUGUGUUUAACACAAAAUGUUAUAUCCCUGUUUAUCUGAAACUUGAACAAACAGUAAAUUAUAACUUUAAACAAAGAGCAACACAAAUGAGGUUUGGUGUGAUGUACAGACAGGUGACACAUUAAAGGAAAAACCUCAAUAAAUGAGUGGAGAAGCAUAACAAAUGCUGGAUGCUGUUCGAUCCCUCCAGUGGAGUUCCAGAGACCUGUAAAGCGUUGGCCCAAGACCUUACCAAGACACUUUGUUUUUCCUUUAGUUUGUCACCUGUCUGUACAUUGGGUGUGCUAGUUUGGUUGUAUUCAUGUUGUAAAGUGGCAGGGAGAGUUUGUGUACUGUAUGUUGUUCCUGUGUCUUUAAGCUGAUGUGUAUGUCCCCUAUUGUGAAGAUGAGACUAAAGUAUUAUGAUGCUAA